GCUUGUGAUGAAAUUGAGGUCGAUCUUCUAGACUUAUUUGAUGCUGCAUUAUGUUUUAAGAAAAAUCUUAAUGGUGCUUUUUAUGAUCGAUAUGUUACCAUGAAUUUGUCUAGUUUAAAAAAUAUCUACUCAGAUGAAAUUAUAUAUGCAAUGCAGAAAAUUUUGCAAGCCAUACAAACAGUUAUGCUUGUUUUUGGCCCAUAUGGAUGGGGAUGUUUAUUAUAUUUAAAGCAACAAGAACAGUUUUCAAAACUUCUCCCAACCUUUAAAGAAAUUUUAGAUUUUACAAUUGAAGCAAAAAGAUACUUCUCUAU